AUGGCUCCGGAAAGAAGGAGGUCAGCGGCCUAUGGCACCAUCUGCUUGACCACACAGAACUCGCUUCGGGAGUCCCUGGGAGCGGAGCUAGGCUGCUGUGGGCAGGGCUGCGGCUCUGCGUCCGCUCACUUCCCGGCUAGAGACAGCCUCGAGCACUCUGUGGCUUGCACUUUCUCUCGUUCUGAGGUCCACUUCUUCAUCCCCACGCCUGCAAGGAUUGUUCCAGAGUUAAGAAGUGACAGUGCAGUGCGGGAAGGCAAACAACUGGACGAGCGCCAGGAGAGGACACCCCGUGGCAUGCUAGUACAGGGACUUCGGGAGGGAGAGCCCACGCCAGGGACCAACCCGAUCUCACGCAGGCCAGGCUUGCCAGGAGAAGAGAUGUGGUGGGCGUGGGAUCUGGAGGAUGGGAAGAGGAAGUGGACGCUGUCCCGAGUGCUGGGCCUUUUUCCCCUUCGGAAGGAUUCUCCUGCGAAAACACCAUCCAGCUCUUCACUCUCCUCCUCUGGCCGGUCAACAAGCAGCUCUUCAGGAAGAUCAACUGCAGACUGUCCUACUGCGUCUCCAGCCGGCUCCAAAGUCCUGGCCAAGAAGGAGCUGGCCUACGUCCCGAUCAUUGGCUGGAUGUGGUACUUCACGGAGAUGGUCUUCUGCACGCGCAAGUGGGAGCAGGACCGCAAGACCGUCUCACAGAGCUUGCUGCACCUCCGGGAUUACCCCGAGAAGUAUUUUUUCCUGAUUCACUGUGAGGGCACUCGGUUCACGGAGAAGAAGCACCAGAUCAGCAUGCAGGUGGCCCAAGCCAAGGGGCUGCCCAGCCUCAAGUACCACCUGCUGCCUCGCACCAAAGGCUUCGCCAUCACCGUGAGGAGUUUGAGAAAUGUAGUUUCAGCUGUAUAUGACUGUACACUCAAUUUCAGAAAUAAUGAAAAUCCAACACUGUUGGGAGUCCUAAAUGGGAAGAAAUAUCACGCCGAUUUAUAUGUCAGGCGGAUCCCUCUAGAAGAAGUCCCAGAAGACGAGGAUGAGUGUUCAGCCUGGCUCCACAAGCUCUACCAGGAGAAGGAUGCCUUCCAGGAGGAGUACCACAGGACGGGCACCUUCCCGGAGACAGCCAUGGUGCCCCCCCGGCGGCCCUGGACGCUCCUCAACUGGUUGUUCUGGGCCUCCCUCCUGCUCUACCCUUUCUUCCGGUUCCUCGUCAACAUGGUCAGCAGCGGGUCCUCCCUCACCCUGGCCAGCUUCGUCCUCGUCUUCUUUGUGGCUUCUAUGGGAGUUCGAUGGAUGAUUGGUGUGACCGAAAUCGACAAGGGCUCUGCCUACGGCAACAUCGACAGCAAGCAGAAACGGAGCGACUGACCCCAGACACAUUAGCGCCCAGAGGGGCCCUUGGGGACUGGUGGACGCUGCCAGCCAUCCUUAGUGGGACCCGGGGACGAAGCGGAGUGAGCCCCUGCUGGGAAGGCAGGGCGUUUUGUCUCGAUGCCAGAUGGGGAGGAAGAUGUUCUUAAAUCUUUUGUCCCCCCAUAAUGCUUUAGUGGGUUUUGAUUUUCUUUUCGUGUGAGCAUGUGUGUGUGUGUUUGUGUGACUGUAUGCGAGUGAGUGUAAGGGAGAAGAUACAUCUAAGUGAGAAUGGUGUGCGGCUGAGUGUGAGCCUUAUUCUAUCAUCAUUCAGAGGGGAUCUGAGGCACAGGGGGAGGGCAGGGACGGGGAACGGAGGGUUCCCCUUCAUUCUUCGGUGCUGAGUUUUCUGUACUGGAUUGCAAAAGAGUGAAAGGCGCUUUAGGUAAGAUGACUAAAUUAUGCCUCCAAAAAACCAUUAAAGUGUUUGGCUCCCUGUGC